UAAAUCAAGAGAGAGAGAGAGGGGAAGAAGCCAAAACAAACGAAACAAAAACAAAAAAAAAAAAUCCAGCUCGAAGUCUCUUCCCCACCACCAUUUUCCUUCCCAAUCCCAUCAACCUUUCGCUUCCCACAUCUGAUAUCUUCCUUUCCCUGUGACUCCUAGAAAUCUUUCCCAAAAAAUAACGAAAAAAUAAGAAAGAAAGAGGGAGAAGAAAUGGUAGAGAGAUCAAGAAUAGUAGGAGGAGGGAUGAGAGAAGAAUCGGAGGAGGAGUCGUCCAACGUCAAUACUACCAACAGCAGUAACAACUGGUUCGCCAGCUGGGAGGAUCAGCUGCCCAAGCCUGAAGAGCUGAUGCCCCUCUCGCAAACCCUCAUCACCCCCGACCUCGCCCUCGCCUUCGACCUCCCGUCCCCCAACCGCCCCGCCCCCCUACCCGACCAUGAAUCCGGCGGGGGCGCCGCCAUCGCCGGCGACGAGGGGUCGGCGGCGCGGACGCUGAAGCGGCCGCGGCUGGUGUGGACGCCGCAGCUCCACAAACGGUUCGUGGAUGCGGUGGCCCACCUGGGGAUCAAGAACGCCGUCCCCAAGACCAUCAUGCAGCUGAUGGGCGUCGAGGGACUCACCCGGGAGAACGUCGCCAGCCACCUCCAGAAGUACCGCCUCUACCUCAAGCGCAUGCAGCAGACCUCCUCAUCCGCCUCCGCCGCCGGCCACAGCGCCGCCGCCGCCCUUACCGGAGGCGGCCACAUCUCGGCGGCCGACCACCAGCUCUUCGCCAGCGCCCCCGUACCCCACCACUUCCUCAGCCCCCGUGGGCCGGAGCCGCCCUUCGUGCCGCUCGUCCCUGUGAACCCCCUUCACCACCCGCACCAUCAGCACCAGAUCGGGCAGCAGUACUACUAUCAGAGGCAGAUGGGGCAUUUUGGGCCGGCGGUGAGCGGUGGCGUCGGUGGUGGUGGGGGGUUCGAUCACCGCUUCCUGUCGCAGGCCUCGGCACCGCCGAUGGGGAUGCAUCAGAUGGGAAUGGGGAUGGGGAUGGGUUUCCACCCGUCGGCUGCUUCUUAUGGGGAGGAAUUGGAGUCGGGGGAGAGGGGAGGCGGAAGGAGGGAGCUCACUCUUUUUCCUACAGGUGAUGAUUGAGUGUUCCUCCCAGUGCUCAGAUAUUAAAUUUUGGAUGAAGAUGUGAGCUUCAAAAGCAACCGCAUAUGGUUUGCCUAUUAUGGACUUCCUUCCAAUGCAUUAUGGUGAUCAGAGGUGAUCUUGCUCUAUCAGUACUCAAACAGUGGAAUUCAUCUGGUUGCAUGGUGAAAAGCUGGUUCUUGUCAGCGGUCCCUAUGCUUGUUAAUGUGUAUGAGGACAAGGUGUUCUUAUGUUGUAAGUUUGAAAACAGAGGGAUCUUAUGAAAUACAAAUAUGUGGACCACUCAAGAGAAACAAUAUGUACCAUUUAUUUGAGAUACUAGAAGGAAACUAUGAACUACCCAUGAUUGCUAAG